CCGUCCUGAAACACAAUCUUGACCUCGACCGCCGUCAAACGACGUCCAAUGUCGUCCGUGAUGGCAAAGCUGAGGGCCAAGCUCCCGCCAUGGGCAGCCAUGCACAUAUCCAACCCGCAGUCCUGGAAAGCAUUCUUCCGCGCAUGGCUCGCGUCUUGGAUCGCACUCGUCCUACUCCUGCCUGACAAGUCGCUCGCUGUCCUUGGAAACGCCGCGUUCUUCACUAUGAUGACGAGCUUCUUCCUCCCUGCCAACCUUCCCAUUCAUACCUUCCUAUUCCUCACUUCUACCCUCGUUAUCGGUCUAUGUCUCGGAUGGGUCUUUGGUGUCGUUGCCAUGCGAUCCGCAUUGGCGGUUCGCGAUCAAGUUCUCCUCAGCCAAAAUCUCGAAAAGGUGGCGCAAAACGCCGCAGGCCUCGCCAACCCAGAAGCCCUGUUCCAACUCGCAAUCUUCAAGGCCGACUUUCUUGAUACUCGUUCCUCUAUCAUGUACGGCUUCUUUCUCGCUCUGGGCAACUUCUGUUUUGCCGCUAUGCGCGCAUAUAUCCCACCCCUGACGCUCAUGAGCAUCUUCUCCAUCAUCUGCAUCGACAUUUUCUGCUCCUAUGGACCUCUCUUCCCCAUCGCCGAGUACACGCUCGUCAACUCGCUCCUGACGUCCAUCGGUUGCUACGCGGGCAUCGCCGUCAUCCUCUCGCUGGUCAUCUACCCCACGAGCAUCAACAGUUCCAGUCUAGGGCUUAUCACCGCGCAGGUCGUGAAAAUGCGCGAUAUGACCCAGAUGCAGCAGUCCGUUCUCGGAGAGGAUACCUCGACCGCGGCUGCGGAUGGAAAGAGCCAAGAGGAGGGUGACGUCAGCGCGGUUCCGGUGUCGGAGAAGCUGAAGGAGCUUGUGAAGAAGAUCAAUGGGAUGCGGGCUGGCCUGAUCAUGGGACAGCAGAUCUAUGGCAUGCGGUCGAAAUAUAUCACCACUGAGCUGAGCUUCGGUCGGUGGAGUGGCAAAGAUGUCUACUCCUUGGAAGAACCCCUUGUUGGGCUUCUUGUUCGUAUGCUCGGCCUCCAAAACUUUGCUCGUCUCGUAUCCGAGAUCAACGAUGCUCCAUCUGCUCCCUCCGAAAAGCCCCAUGAAACGACCAACGAAGACGCAAGCAUCGCCUCCGCCUUUGAAGGACAGCACAGCCACAGCUCUUCGGAUAUCAGUUCUAUCAUGCCGCACGCCGCCGAUGUUCUUGGGCACAUCCACGGCUCGGGCCGGCCCACCACGUCUUACAAAAUUGAGGUGACCAUCGACGAAGCGAUUCCGUAUGUUCGAGACGCAACAAAGGACCUGCGCGAUGCGCUCGAAGGCGGACUCAGCACGACCGUGGCGACCCUCACGGCAGUGAACAAUGACCGCCUGAGUAAAUUCAUCCCUCUCCUCGGAGGUCCCAAGAAAAACAGCCAAGUCGACACCGCAGCUCUCAGCGCUGCUGUUGCAAACCUUGACACUGCUUUGCAAGAGUUUAUCGCGCGCAAGCGGCUCGAGGCGCUCGAGCCCUUCCGACCCGUGCUACCCAAGCUUCCGCCCCCGCCCUCGCCCACGCUCAGGGCGCUGUUCAUCUGCUUCACAUUCUCUGCAAAUCUCAUCGCGGUCUCCGAGACCGCGCUCCGGUUUAUGCGCACUGUCGAGGCGCUGUGUACCCGUCGCACGAGGGCGCGCGUGUGGUUACCCAUUCUGAGUGGUGUCAAGGAGUUCUUCGGUGCUGGGAAUGGUAGCCAGGCACACGAGGGCGACGAGACGCUGGGCGAGGACUGGUCUGGCGAACGCGGGGAGACGGGUGACGACGCCGUAGAUGAUUGGAAUGAGAAGUCGUACGGUAAGGAUCCCGAUAGCGGUCCGCCGCAGAACCUGUUCCAGCGCUUCGUCUAUCUCUUCCAUGUUGUCUACAUGUGGCUCAAGACUCCCCAGGCAGUCUUCAUUCUCAAAUCAACUGCAAUCACGAUUUUGCUGUGGCUUCCUGCUGUCAUGUCAAGCAGUGCAGCAUUUUACUACGAACAGCGUGGUGUUUGGGCUCUCAUCAUGUCUCAGUUGACAUUAAACAUCUAUGUUUCGGAUCAGCUUUUCAAUUAUGCCACCCGUCUCCUUGGCACAUUUGUUGGGCUCAUAGUCGGCCUCGUUGCUUGGUAUAUUGGUGCUGGCCGCGGCAUCGGUAACCCAUACGGAAUUGCUGCCAGCUGUGCUGUCUUCCUCGCGCCUCUGAUGUGGCUCCGUAUGUUUGCUCCUCCCAAGUACCUUUCCGGAGUGUUGACGGGCUGUGCUACAUUCUCCCUCAUCAUUGGUUAUUCGUGGAUCGACGGGCACCUACCAAUGUAUGGCAAUCCAGGCAUUGGAUGGUCCAUCGCAUGGCGUCGCUGGACGCUUGUUGUUAUCGGUUGCGCUGCGUCCUUCGUCUUGAUGAUGCUCCCGCCUGUCUCAGGGCGCAAAGUCGUCCGCCUACGUAACGCCAAGAUCAUCAAGAACAUUCAGGGGCUUUACAGCAUCCUCAUGUCCACCUGGAUCUCCGCCGCGCCGAUACGAACCAAGACUCGGGGCACCGUUGUGGGCGAUGGUGAAACCCCGGGCAAGAGUGUAUCUUAUGGUCUGCCAGACGAGGUCGUAACUGAGCCGUGGGUGAACCAUAUGCGCUCGCGCGUCAAGGCUCUCGCGGAACGCAUCCAGGCGGCUCGUCUUCUCACAGACACCGCGCGGUGGGAAGGUGGCAUUCGAGGCCAUUGGCCUGCCGAGGACUACAAUGCGCUGCUCGAUGCCGAGAGCGAGAUGUUGAAUGCACUCACGCAGCUCGGCAGCGCGAUGCUUCACCUCGACGAUGACUGGCGCGUCAAAUUCUUACAUCGGACGCAGGUGGUCCAUCCUAGCUUCAUCAGCGACGUGAUGUCGAAGUUUGCCAUGGUCUCUAUGGCGCUUCGCACGGGAGAACCUCUGCACGCCGUGUUGCCGCAGUCUCUCCUUGAACGUCUCUUCUACCAUCAUCGCCUCGCAUCUGUUCCCCGUCACAACCCACGAAACAGCCAAGAUAACGAGGGCCAUAAGGCAUACUAUGAGAGUGCUGCAGAAGUCCUCGAAGACGCCGAGUUCAUGCACUGGGCAUCUGGGGUCGUCGCUGUAUACCAGCUACUCAGAGGUCUUGAUAAGGUCUCCGAUAUCACGAAACGGCUUGUUGGCGAAAUCCCAUUGAGAGGCUUCGAACGAUGGAAAGGCCAAUUCGAACAAGCUCAUUAGAUCUUAGUGAAUGAG